AGACAAAAGCCACAUCCAAUUCCUUUGAUCAAUAUUCUUUUUUAUUUUUCUUGUAAUUAUGUCUUCAUCCUGACUUUGGCCUUGAAAAUGCAUCUUAGUAUACGGUAAGGAUUGAGGAUAGCCAGGAAUAUUUUAUCAUCUACUAAAGCAAACCACAAAUCUCUGUCUCUCUGUCGCUUGCUCGCUCGCCAACUGAAUUGUUGCGCGCGCGCUGAUCGACGAUGGCCGUCCAUCAGCCCCACCUCCUCGACUUCUCGCCACCUCCCAACGCGGUGCCGCUGGAGGCGCCCCCAUCCUCCUUCGACCACGGCCAGCUCGUCGCCCUCCACGUCGACGGCACCGACAUGCCUGCAGGAGGAGGAGGUGUGCUCCACCGUGUCAUCCUCACCGACGACACGGCGCCAUGGCCGCAAGACGUCUCCCUUUCCUUGUACAACUACAACACGACGGGAGGGUCGUCGUUGUUCAGCCAUCAGCAACCGUUCGUGGCAACUCCGGUGGCGCCAAACCAGCUCCAGCUGCCAGCGUCGACCAUGCAGCCGUUCCAGCUUAGGAUCUCCAGGUACCUGGGCCCUGCGAAGGAGUUACUCGGUGAGUUCUGUAGCCUUGAAGGGGACUUGCACGCCAUGAACAGCGCCAACAAGAGAGCUCCGAAAGCCGGCAAGUGGGACGACGUACAGGCGGCGUCUGGCCUACAGGGAAGCCCAUCUCUGCGCUCCAUGGAUCUGCUGGAGCUUGAGAAGAGGGAGGCCAGGCUCUUGUCCAUGGUUGAAGAGGUGGACAGGCGGUACCGGCGAUACCGCGAGCAGGUGAGGGCGGUGGAGGUGUCGUUCGAGGCGGUGGCCGGGGCCGGAGCGGCGCAGGUGUACACAAGGCUGGCGCUGCGGGCCAUGUCGCGGCACUUCCGGUGUCUGCGGGACGCGCUCGUGGCGCAGGUGCGCGCGCUGAGGAAGGCCAUGGGCGAGAAGGGCGGCGGCGCGGGGGCGGCAGCACCGGCAGGCGCGACCAAGGGGGACACGCCGAGGCUCAAGGUGCUGGACCAGUGCCUAAGGCAGCAGCGGUCGUUCCAGCAGCCCGGCGCCGUGGAGUACAACCCGUGGCGGCCGCAGCGCGGCCUGCCGGAGCGCGCCGUCGCCGUGCUCCGGGCCUGGCUCUUCGAACACUUCCUCCACCCGUAUCCAAAUGAUGUGGACAAGCACAUUCUGGCGCGCCAGACAGGGUUAUCAAGAAGCCAGGUUUCCAAUUGGUUCAUUAAUGCGAGGGUGAGGCUGUGGAAGCCAAUGAUAGAGGACAUGUACACGGAAGAAGUGAAGCAGCAAUCGCAAUCAGAGGCGACGCAAAACCCUAGCGGCACCAGAGUCAAACCUGAGAAUAACACAAUGGCAUCAGCAACAACUCAAGGAGGAGAAAGUCACCUUCGCACUGUUGGAAACCCUAGCUCGAUUACUUCAUCCUCCAUUGUGACUGACGGCGACCAUCUUUUCCAUAGUUAUCCAAACAUGCAUGGGAGUCACAGCCUAGUGUCGCUUACUCUAGGGCUCCAACAGCAGCCGUUUGCAUCGCCGAUGACGCAGCAACGAUCACCCGUUGUCUUACAAGGAGAAGAGGAAUACCCGGUGCUACCAUAUAGGGAACUGAUGGGGUCUCAAAUGCUUCAUGAUUUGGCAGGGUAGCUAGCUUAGGAGAGUGCAUAAGGAGAGGUGAAAAUUAUUAUUUUCAUGAGUAAAACUAAGGUACACAAAUUAAUUAGUUCCUAGCUACGUACCCUGGAGAAUCAUGUUGUUUCUCUCGAGCAAGCUGUCCUUCAGCUCCUUAUUUUAGAGCUAGUUUCAGUAAAAGUACAGCUGCUGCUUCGUUCAUUCAAGUGAUCUGAUGAACUCCAAGUUAAAACACUAAAUGACUGUUGCAAUUUGUCAUAUAUAUAAAUCAUUUUUAGAUUUGGUAUCA